AUGGGAGGAACGGGUCGCGCCCGCCGCCGCAAGCGCGCCGAAGAACUGGGAACCGGUCUUGAGCACACGGGCCAUAAUCCCGGUGUCGCCGAAGGGGCAGGCCAGCGACAACGAGUCCGACGUCGCCGUUUGGAGUAUCAACUGAAGAAGAGCGAUCGUGAUACAGAAGGUGUUGAGGUCGUACCGAAAAACGGUAAGCGGGAGAAGAAAACUCGUGCCCCAGUCUUUUCAGAUGAAAAUAAGAAAUGGCUCAAAGUUAAGAGCACUUCGAACCACGACGAAGAGGAAGAAGAGGAGGAUGUCGAAUCCCAUGAAGCGAACGGCCAUUCGAAAGAGACCGCGAAUGGGCACCCUGAAUCGCCUGCCUCUUCGGAGGACGAAGAAGAAAGUGAGAAUGACAGUCAGUCAUCACAGGAAGACCUCGCUACUCCAGGAAAUGGCACCACGGAGCUACUGGACUCAGAGGAAGACGACGACGAAGAGGAUAACCAGGACGACGACGACGACGACGACGACGAAGAUUCCGACAGUGACAGCAGUCUACCUCCCGACAACCUUGAAAUGGCAUCGCAACGCAUUCUUCAAGAGCGACUUCGUGAGGCAGGUGAAGCGGAUGCCGAAAUGCAAGAUGAAAGAGAACGUGCGGAGAAGGAAGACGCUGGAUUUAAGCUCAAAUCUGGAGCAUUAGGCCGUGGUGGUAGAGACGAAGAUGCGAUUAUGGGAGCGACACGAGAAGAACUUAUGCUUCGCAUUCGUGGUAUUUUGCACGUCUUGGCUGACUUCAAAACCCGCCGCGAGCCUGACAUGGCCCGUUCUGACUACGUUGACGCUCUACGAGAAACCAUCUGCACGUGCUUUGGGUACAACGAGGAACUUGCAGAAAUGCUCAUGGAUGUCUUUCCCGGUGCAGAUAUUGUCGACUUCAUGGAGGCGUCAGAAUCUCCGAGACCACUAACAAUUCGAACAAAUACGCUCAAGACUAGACGGAGGCAACUUGCCGAGGCUCUCAUUACCCGAGGGAUGAACGUCGAUCCUAUUGAUAAAUGGUCAGCCGUUGGCCUUGUCGUUUAUGACUCGUCAGUUCCGGUCGGUGCGACUCCAGAAUAUCUGGCCGGUCACUACAUGAUUCAAUCAGCAUCAAGCUUCUUGCCAGUGGUCGCGCUUGCACCGCAGCAAAACGAACGAGUUAUUGAUAUGGCAGCAGCGCCCGGAGGCAAGACUUCAUACAUAGGUGCCGUUAUGAAGAAUACUGGUACCCUUGUCGCGAACGAUCUCAAAAGGGGCCGAAUCAAGUCACUGGUUUCGAACAUUCACCGUCUCGGCCUGAAAAAUGCGGUCGUGAGCAACUAUGAUGGUCUUCAGAUUCCCAAAAUAUUUGGCCACAGCUUCGAUCGAGCGCUUCUUGAUGCUCCAUGUUCGGGAUCUGGAAUCAUUAGCCACGACGCAGCUGUAAAAAUGAAUCGUCGCAGGAAGGAUGUGGAGAAUACCACGCGAAUUCAGAAGGAAUUGAUACUCGCCGCCAUUGAUUCGGUAAACUCGAAGUCGAAAACGGGUGGUUACAUUGUGUAUUCUACAUGCUCAGUCCUAGUGGAGGAAAACGAAGCAGUAGUGGACUACGCUCUUCGCAAGAGAGACGUUAAAGUUGUUGAGGCCGGUAUCUCAUUCGGAGUGCCUGGUUUCACCAAAAUGCGCAAACACAGGUUUCAUCCGAGCCUUACAAACUCGCGUCGCAUAUACCCACAUAUACACAACUUGGACGGUUUCUUUGUUUGUAAGCUCAAGAAGAUGUCGGACAGAACAACAAACAGAAAAAAUGAUGAACAAAUCGCACAUGAAGGGCCUGGCAACGUAAAGUCAGUUCCUGUUAAAGGGCACAAGGGCUCGCCGCAAGAUUCGACGAGAGCAGGUACAUCGGCUACUAUCGAUGGAGAAGAGUUGCGCAUUAAGCCUUCCGGUCUUGUAAGUAAGGCUGAUGCCAAUGCGGAAAAAAUUAGGGAUGUCCAGCCUUCACCAAAAGUGUCUCGAGGUCGUGGAAAUUUGAUUGAGACGAAUCAGCAACCGAAGUCCGCUCUAAUGGCUAAGAGAAAGAUUGAUUCUGACAAUGAUCCCGCCGAAGUAGAUAAUGGAAAUAGGGCUGAUGACUCCGCGCGGAAACUCUCGAAAAAGAAAAAGUCGAUAGAGAAAGAUUUGCAACCGCAAACCCCUUCAAAGAAGAAAAGGAAGACAGUUGCCGGAUCUUCAAACGAAGCGCAGGAAUCUCCUAGUCGUUCCGCCGCGGAAGCAAAACAAACACGUUCAACUCAAGAGCCUGCUGCGAAGCAGCGCGCCAGUAAGACAGUUGAGGAUGAGGAGGGGCCACCAGAGGUUGAAACAUUUGAUGACGCUCACGCUUUGUCGAUGCGAAAAAGAGUGAGAUCUGAAAAGAAACGGGCCGCUAUGAGACGACGUCUUGGUAUGCUGUCAUGACUUGGCUCGUUGACACAACAUGAAGGCAUUGGGAAGGGGAGGGGGAGGUCUCAAAGCUUGCUUGAUUUUGCACUGUAGACGCAAAUUAUCUAAAGCGUAUCGAAUAAUGCCGGAAACUGUUUGUAGUCGGGUAAAACCACAUGACCUCACUAAAGCUACAAGUCUCAGGUCAACCCUCCUGUUGGCUCCCGAUAAAGUCCAAAUGGUAGUUGGGAUUCUCUCA